GGUGCCUAAAUACCCGAUUCAACUAACCCACGUUGUUCAUACUUUCCAUUCAAGCUCUUUACACCUUAUAAACCUUAGAUCUGUGGAAAUUAAAAACCCAUUUCAGUCUCGGAAAAACAAGGAUUACCCAUUUCUUCAGAGACAUGGAGAAAGCUAUCAACAGACAGAAAAUCCUGCUUGACCAUCUCAGACCCACUUCUUCUUCUCCUCAAUCCCAUGAUUCUUCUACUCUAUUUCCGUCGAUUUGUGCUGCCGGAGACGGCGGUUCAUAUCACCGGAGAGGUGCUUUUGCGGAUGAUGUUGUCAUUGUAGCGGCAUACCGCACGGCAAUUUGCAAGUCAAGGCGUGGGGGCUUCAAGGACACCCUUCCUGAUGAUUUACUUGCUCCUGUUUUGAAGGCUGUGAUUCAAAAAACAAACUUGGACCCAAGUGAAGUGGGGGAUAUAGUUGUAGGUACAGUUUUGGCACCUGGGUCACAAAGAGGAAUAGAGUGCAGGAUGGCAGCAUUCUACGCUGGUAUCCCUGACACGGUGCCAAUUAGAACAGUCAACAGGCAAUGUUCAUCUGGCCUACAGGCAGUUGCAGAUGUUGCUGUUUACAUACAAGCAGGAUAUUAUGACAUUGGCAUUGCUGCUGGCUUGGAGUGCAUGACAAUUGAUGCUAUUGGAAAUGUUCCAAAAGUCAACCCAAAAGUAGAGAGCUUUUCCCAAGCCCGAGAUUGUCUUCUUCCAAUGGGCAUUACUUCUGAAAAUGUUGCACAGCGUUAUGGUGUGACACGUCUCGAGCAAGAUCAGGCAGCUGUUGCAUCUCAUAGGCAUGCUGCUGCUGCUGCAGCAACUGGUAAAUUCAAAGAUGAGAUUAUCCCUGUUUCUACUAAGAUUGUGGAUCCAAAAACUGGAGUAGAAAAGCCAGUCACAGUUUUUGUUGAUGAUGGAAUCCGGCCAAACGCCAACUUGGCAGAUCUAGCAAAGUUGAAGCCUGCUUUCAAAAAGGAUGGGUCCACAACUGCUGGAAAUGCUAGCCAAGUGAGUGAUGGUGCUGCAGCAGUCCUCCUUAUGAAGAGAAGUGUGGCUAUCCAGAAAGGGCUUCCAAUUCUUGGUGUGUUCAGAAGUUUUGCUGCUGUUGGUGUGGAUCCUGCAGUGAUGGGUGUUGGUCCAGCUGUUGCCAUUCCAGCUGCAGUCAAGUCAGCUGGCCUCGAGCUUAAUGAUAUAGACCUGUUUGAGAUAAAUGAGGCAUUUGCAUCUCAGUUUGUAUAUUGCUGUAAGAAACUAGAGCUUGAUCCUGACAAGGUCAAUGUCAAUGGAGGUGCAAUUGCUCUUGGACAUCCAUUGGGUGCUACUGGUGCCCGCUGUGUUGCAACUCUAUUGAAUGAGAUGAAGCGCCGUGGCAAGGACUGUCGCUUUGGAGUAAUCUCGAUGUGCAUAGGUAUCUUCUUCUCCUUCUCAACAUAAUAAAAAUAUAAAUUUCAUUUAUUAAUAUAGCAGAUUCAUGCAAAGAAGAUUCAAUCAAAACCAGUUAAAAUUAUGGAUUAUUAGAUUUUUAUAAUGCUUAUCAGCCUAGCACGAAGUAUUACACUUAACAGACACAGGUUGGUUUUUCGGGCUUGAAAGCUUGUGUUCCUCAGAGGAGCUUCUAGUUAGAAAAGAGCAAACCAUAGAAGUAGAUGAGGUUAACCUUUUUACAUAAUUGGAAAUUCUUUUCGCUUAAAUUUAACCAAUUUAGUAGUGAUGUCAAUGUUUUUGAAGCUAACUUCAUGAGAUGGUGUUGCUUUAGCAUCAAGUCACUGGAUUAUGCAUUUAACUUGAACAAUCUUAGAGGUUCUUCUAUUGAUUGUCAUAACUAUAUUUUGAUAUUAGCAUUUUGUGAGAUUUGGAUUUUUGGAAAGAUUGACCCUACCACAUAAUAUAAUGAUUCUAUUUCC